AUGGGCUUCAAAGGCUGUGAGGUCGAACCUAGGCUGGUUGGUACAAGCGAAUUGCAAAGGGAAAAAAGACACGAAGACCAAGGACCCCAAAAGCAACAGGGAAAGCGAAGAUUAAGGAGGAGGAAGAGGGAGAGAAGGGGUGAAGGCGGUUCAACGCCAGCGCAGGCAGGUUGGUGGUGGUUGGGCUGGAUGGGGCAAGAUGGAAAGGGGGUACUCGGUAUUGUCAUGUACUGUAAUAUUGGAGAGUCUGCAGCCCAUAAUUUGCGGUAA